CACACAUUUAGUAAAUACCUUUUGUUUAUUAUAAUUAUUAACGAUUUUGUUUUGCUGAGUUGAAGGACUGGCUGAGGGAGAAGACUGGUUGAAAGGCAAACCAGGAAGUGGAACAAACCAUCAGGCUGCUGGAAGCAGGGGACCUGAUGUUGAAGAACUUUCCUCUUUCUAGUUAUAGCAUAAGUCCUUAAAUAUUUUGAUGUUAGGUUUGAUUUGUGUUUGUUAUGGUGUUGUAGUUAAAAUAUGUUGGUUUAAAUUAAUUGUUUAUGUUUAUACAUUGUUUGUCUUUGCCUCAUCUCCCACCCCUUCUUGUGUGUGUAGGCUAGCCUUUGUGUUUAAAUUCCCCUGUGUGUUCAUUGUGUGAAGUCAGUUUUGGUUUGUUAUCCUGAGUUAGGUAUGCUUUAGUUGAUUUCUUUUGGGCCCAUUUUGUUAUAUUUUUGAGAUUUGAUGUUGAAUGUCUCUUCUUGAAGAAAGUUUGGAAAAAUAAAUAGAAAGUAUAUUUUUAUAUAUGCCUUUGUCCUUGUGCCUUACUGGACGGACCGUAACAAUUGGUGUCAGGAGUGGGAUCCUCCAGUUAAGGACAAAGGUAUAUUUAUUGAUUUAAAAGAAGAAAACCCUAAACCAUGAGAGGAGCCAGAGGUGGGAAAGGCAAGUCAGCUCCAUCAGACAAGGAAGCGGACACAGAGCAGGAGCAGUGUGGUGCAGCUGGUGAAGAGGUUGACGAGGGGAGAGAGCCGACCAUAUCUGACUUGGUUGGGAUCCUGCAGGGCCACAUUGGACAACAGAAAGCUAGAGAGAUACAAUGGGAGAAGGAGAUGGCACGUCAAGAUCAUCGGUUUAAGGUUUUCCAACAACAGUUCAGUUUGUUUCAAGAGGAGUUUCAGGCCCAGUCUUCUGCAGGCCUGAGGCCUUUUGUGCAAGACCACGCCCCCUCUUCUCCAGGCUUGAGGGAUGAUGAUGAUGAUGAUUGCUCAUCACCAGCACCUGCACCGUCUUCUGGCAAGCCAGGUGACUCAGUUGCUACAUGUUUGUUUAAAGAACCGAAACUGCAAAAGCUAACUGAGAAGGAUGAUAUUGAACAUUUCCUUAUAACUUUUGAAAGGAUAGCUUGUGUGUGCAGAUGGCCAAAAAAGGACUGGGCAUUUCAAUUGAUUCCAUUAUUGACUGGUAAAGCCAGGAGUGCAUAUGUACAUAUGGAUAUGGAUGAAUCAAUGGACUAUAAUAAUGUUAAAGCUGCUAUUUUACAGAAAUAUGAAAUUAACAGCGAGACUUACCGACAGAGGUUCCGCUCUCUUUAUGUGGAGCCAAAUGAGUCCCCCAAGGAGCUAUAUGUGAGACUUAAAGAACUAUAUGGAAAAUGGGUUCAGCCCCGAGGUAAGACUGUUGAAGAAGUGAAUGAUGUCAUAAUUCUUGAACAGUAUUUCCGAAUGUUGUCUCCAGAACUCCAAGUUUGGAUUAAGGAACGAAACCCAAAAGAUGCAGCCGAAGCAGUUUCCUUGGCAGAUGCUUUUGUGGCGGCCCGUAGAAAGACUCAAUCGUGGGCUUUUAGAGCUGCAAAAAGAGAGUUUAUUCCGGGUUUUGGUAACACCAAUCAAACUGGAAAUGUGAGUAAGCUGUCUGGAAAAGAAAAAUGUUUUCUCCCCAAUCAAACAAAAUCUUUGAAAAAACCCAUCUGCUAUUUAUGUGGGCAGGAGGGCCAUAUAAAGCCCAUGUGUCCUCAAAAUCCUGCAAAACUUUCUCAGAUGUGUUUUGUACCCAGAGAAAAUCAUGUAUUGAACAGACAAAACCAGCCACUGAUGCAGACUACUGUGGAGAUAGAUGGGCAGAAGGUCAAAGCCCUGAUUGACACAGGAAGCACCCAGUCAUUGGUACAUCGCAGGUAUGUCCCACCACAUAGUAUUUGCACCUCUGAAACAAUACCCAUCUGCUGUGUUCAUGGGGAUGAAAAACAAUAUCCAACAGCAGACAUUUAUAUGAGAGUGCAAGGACAUGUUUACCUGUUAAAUGUGGGUGUUAUGGAUAAAUUAUCUUUUCCUGUUGUCUUGGGUAAUGAUCUUCCAAUUCUCACUGACCUAAUAAAUGCUUCUAAAAUGUGCAAUUUUGUGCUCACACGGUCCCAGGCAAAGACCUCUGGGGAAGAUGAACCCAGCCUAAGGGCCUUGCCAUUUUAUGGGGCUGAGAUUGAAGAGGGUCAAACUAAAGAACGGAAGUCUCGUGCACAGCGCAAGCAGGAAAAAUUCAAACAUACCACGGCCUCUCCUGUGUUACCUGAACCUGAGGUACAGCUAGACUUUGAAAUUCCUGAUAAUAUUAGUGAGCUGCAGCACCAGGAUAGAAGUCUGGCUGACCUUAUUAAGAGAGUGGAAGAAGGUGGAACUGCAGAGGAAUUUCACAUGCAAAAUGGCAUCCUCUAUAGGAGACAUGGGGAAGUACAUCAGCUUGUGUUACCUAGAAAAGCCAGAAAACCAGUAUUAACUUUGGGCCAUUCAAUUCCCUGGGCUGGCCACCUGGGGAAACAUAAAACAAUAGCCCGAAUCCAACAGUGUUUUUACUGGCCUGGAUUACAAAAGGAUGUUGCCAAUUUUUGCAGGAGUUGUCCUCAGUGUCAAAAAACAUCCAACAGAUUUGCAGUGAGAGCACCUCUUCAGCCUCUUCCUAUUAUAAAUACACCAUUUGAACGUUUGGGCAUGGAUGUUGUGGGUCCAGUGGAGAAGAGCAAAUCAGGUAACCGAUUUAUGUUGGUUAUCACUGAUUACGCAACAAAGUAUCCAGAAGUGUUCCCUUUGAAAUCUGUCACAGCUAAAACUGUUGCUUUUUGCCUGGUUCAAUUUUUUUCACGAGUGGGGUUCCCCAAAGAAAUACUGACUGAUCAAGGGACAAAUUUUAUGUCCAAAUUACUGAAGGAUGUCUAUAAAUUGAUUGGCAUUAGGGGACUGAGAACCACCCCAUAUCACCCUCAAACUGAUGGACUCACAGAGAGGUUUAAUCAGACUCUUAAGAACAUGCUUCGUAAGUUUAUCAAUGAAGCUGGGUCUGAUUGGGAUCAGUGGCUCCCUUACCUCAUGUUUGCAUAUCGGGAGGUACCCCAAGCCUCUACUGGGUUUUCCCCUUUUGAGUUGCUUUUUGGACAUGAGGUGCGAGGUCCACUGGCUCUGUUGAAGGAAAGGUGGGAAGGGGAGAAACCUGCAAAAGAACCUGUAAAUACAAUUUCUUAUGUCCUCCAGAUGAGAGAGAAGUUGGAAAAGAUGACCUCAUUGGCUCAGGAACAUAUGCGUCUCUCCCAACAGAAGCAAAAAACCUGGUAUGAUCAGACUGCUCAUGAGAGAAGUUUUGAACCAGGUCAAAAGGUAUUGGUACUGCUACCUACUGAUGACAGCAAGUUUUUAGCUCAAUGGCAGGGUCCAUAUGAGGUUGUUCAAAAGCUGGGACCCACCACCUACAAAAUUUGUACUCCAGAUCAGAGACGCAGUACAAGAGUUCUUCACAUUAACUUGCUAAAGGAGUGGGUCUCAAGGACUGAGGGGAAGCAAGAUGUAUUUUUCAUUAGAAAUGUAUCAGAUGAGGAGGUGGAAGAACAAUAUUUGCCUCUACCAUCAGCUUUUGUUUUUGACCUGAGUCAUCUCUCCCCAGAGCAGCAGUUGCAAGUGAGAGCCCUUUGUAACAUCAAUGUGUUUCAUGCUAAUCCUGGACGAACUGAUUAUAUUAAACAUGAUAUUCGUUUGAAAGAAAACGCAAUUGUGAAACGAAGAAGUUACAGGAUCCCGGAGCGUCUCCUUGGCCCUUUAAAAGAGGAGAUUGAAUUAAUGCUUUCUCUGGGCAUCAUUGAGACUUCCCACAGUGACUGGUGUAAUCCUAUUGUCCUUGUACCAAAAAAGGAUGGCACCAUGAGGUUCUGUAUAGACUUCCGUUAUUUGAACUCUGUUUCCAAGUUUGACUCGUAUCCAACUCCUCGUAUUGAUGAUUUGAUUUGCUGUCUUGGAAGAGCAAAAUAUCUUACCACCAUUGACCUCUCUAAAGGUUAUUGGCAGGUUCCCCUUACCAACAGGUCUCGUGAGCUGACAGCUUUCCGGACACCUUGGGGCCUCUAUCAGUUCACUGUCAUGCCUUUUGGGCUUCAUGGAGCACCUGCAACCUUCCAGAGACUUAUGGAUAAGGUACUGGGGGGUUUUUCAAACUUUGCAUCUGCUUAUUUAGAUGAUAUUGUCAUCUACAGUAAAAGCUGGGAGGACCAUUUGCAUCAUCUUAAGGCUGUUUUUGAGUCUCUUCAUGCUGCAGGUCUGACUGUUAAUGCAGCUAAAUGCACCCUUGCCAAGAAGGAAGUUCAAUAUCUCGGCCAUAUUAUUGGCAAUGGAGUCAUCAAACCUCAGAUCCAGAAGGUUCAAGCAAUUCAGUCAUGUCCUCUGCCGCAGACCAGGACACAGCUAAAAUCCUUUCUUGGGAUGUCGGGUUGGUACCAUAAGUUCAUUCCUAACUUUUCUGCCAGAGCUGCUAUGCUUACAGAUAUGACCAGUCCCAAGAGACCCAAUCAGCUUCAGUGGUCGGAGGAAGCAGAGAGUGCAUUUAAGGACAUCCAAGGAGCCUUAAGUGGACCUCCAACAUUACACUGCCCUGACUUUGACCAGCCAUUUAUUUUGCAAACGGAUGCAUCUGGGCGUGGGCUGGGUGCAGUGCUGCUUCAAGGGCCUCCCGGGGAACGUCAUCUUAUUGCUUUUAUAAGCAGAAAGCUCUACCCAAGAGAAACUCGAUACUCUACCAUAGAAAAGGAGUGCCUAGCUGUGAAGUGGGCCUUAGAUUCACUUAAAUAUUACCUAUUGGGGACACGGUUCAUCCUAGAAGUGGAUCAUAAGGCUCUGAAAUGGCUUGAAAGAAUGAAAGACUCAAACAGCAGGAUAACCCGCUGGUACCUGGCGAUGCAACCAUUUCAGUUUGACGUCCAUCACAUCCCUGGGAAGCUGAACACUACUGCCGACUACCUGUCACGCUGGCCCAUGGACCUUCCAGAAGAGGGGGAGUGUGUGGAGGUUCCUCCACAAUUAACCCAGUGUUAGUAUUUAUUUAAAUGUUUUAUACAAUACAUUUAUAAUUUCAUUUGUUUGUGUGUUUAUUGUUUUAGGUUGUUUACUAUUAUGGGUGCACACAUUUAGUAAAUACCUUUUGUUUAUUAUAAUUAUUAACGAUUUUGUUUUGCUGAGUUGAAGGACUGGCUGAGGGAGAAGACUGGUUGAAAGGCAAACCAGGAAGUGGAACAAACCAUCAGGCUGCUGGAAGCAGGGGACCUGAUGUUGAAGAACUUUCCUCUUUCUAGUUAUAGCAUAAGUCCUUAAAUAUUUUGAUGUUAGGUUUGAUUUGUGUUUGUUAUGGUGUUGUAGUUAAAAUAUGUUGGUUUAAAUUAAUUGUUUAUGUUUAUACAUUGUUUGUCUUUGCCUCAUCUCCCACCCCUUCUUGUGUGUGUAGGCUAGCCUUUGUGUUUAAAUUCCCCUGUGUGUUCAUUGUGUGAAGUCAGUUUUGGUUUGUUAUCCUGAGUUAGGUAUGCUUUAGUUGAUUUCUUUUGGGCCCAUUUUGUUAUAUUUUUGAGAUUUGAUGUUGAAUGUCUCUUCUUGAAGAAAGUUUGGAAAAAUAAAUAGAAAGUAUAUUUUUAUAUAUGCCUUUG